AGCUCAAGAUGGCGGCCUCCUGGUCGCCCUUGGUUACACUGCGCUUAGUGCAGAGCCGGCUGAGAGGGAGAUGUGUUGGGUGCGGGGCCUGGGCUGCCGCUCUCGCCCCUCCGGCCACCGCCCCUGGAAACACCUUUUGGAAAGCCUAUACAGUUCAGACACCUGAGAUUAUGUCUCCAACUGCGACUACAGAGGUUUAUUCAAAAGCUUUGGCUGUUUGCCAUGGACCACUGGACCACUAUGACUUUCUGAUCAAAGCUCAUGAGCUAAAGGAUGAUGAACAUCAAAGAAGAGUCAUACAGUGUUUGCAGAAAUUACACGAGGACCUUAAAGGAUAUGAUAUAGAUGCAGGAGGUCUUUUUUCAAAGCUGUUUUCAAGGAGCAAACCUCCAAGGGGCCUGUAUGUUUAUGGAGAUGUUGGUACAGGGAAAACAAUGGUGAUGGACAUGUUUUAUGCUUAUGUGGAAAUGAAGAGGAAGAAACGGGUUCAUUUUCAUGGUUUCAUGCUAGAUGUUCAUGAAAGAAUACACCGCCUUAAACAGAGUUUGCCAAAAAGGAAACCGGGAUUCAUGGCUAAAUCAUAUGAUCCGAUAGCUCCCAUAGCUGAAGAAAUUAGCGAAGAGGCAUGUCUCUUAUGUUUUGAUGAGUUUCAGGUCACUGACAUUGCUGAUGCCAUGAUUCUGAAACAGCUUUUUGAAAAUCUGUUCAAAAAUGGGGUCGUCGUUGUGGCAACAUCCAACAGGCCACCGGAAGAUCUCUAUAAAAAUGGACUCCAAAGAGCUAACUUUGUACCAUUCAUUGCUGUUCUAAAGGAAUACUGUAAGACUGUCCAGCUAGAUUCUGGGAUAGAUUACCGGAAAAGGGAACUUCCUGCUGCAGGAAAACUCUACUAUCUCACAAGUGAAGCUGAUGUGGAGGCUGUCAUGGAUAAGUUGUUUGAUGAGCUGGCUCAGAAACAAAAUGAUUUAACUAGACCAAGGAUUCUAAAAGUGCAAGGCAGAGAGCUGCGGCUGAAUAAAGCCUGUGGAACUGUUGCCGACUGCACAUUUGAAGAGCUGUGUGAGAGACCACUUGGAGCCAGUGACUAUCUGGAACUGUCAAAGAAUUUUGAUACAGUAUUUUUACGAAACAUUCCACAAUUUACGCUGGCCAAGAGGACGCAAGCUCGAAGAUUCAUAACUCUCAUUGAUAACUUCUAUGAUUUCAAGGUGCGCAUAAUUUGUUCUGCAUCGACUCCUAUAUCAAGCUUAUUUUUGCAUCAACAUCAUGACAGUGAGUUGGAGGAUAGCAGAAUACUGAUGGAUGACUUGGGGCUGAGCCAGGACUCAGCAGAAGGACUUUCCAUGUUUACCGGAGAAGAGGAAAUCUUUGCGUUUCAGCGCACGAUUUCCCGGCUCACAGAAAUGCAGACUGAGCAGUACUGGAAUGAAGGGGACAGAGGCAAGAAGUAA